AUGACUCCGCGAAACAGCUACCAGUGUGAGCGCGUCAGUUUCGAUUUGGCGGCGGUGGGCGAGCAUAUAAAACGGCAGUGUUUUUCAGAUUGGCAAUCAGUUACCGAAACCGGGGCGCCUAAUAAAAAAUCAUACAGAGACACAAUGCGGAUCGCUCGCCAAAGUAAUGCCACUAUCUACGUUCUGAUUUCGCCGCUGGUGAUUUUGGCGGCCUGGCAGCUGCUGUGCGUUGUUCCCGGGACAAAUGCCAAGCACUUGGCGGUCAGAUCGUACGACCCCCAAAAGGAAACCGCGGCGGAGAGCCAAAUCCAAACGCAAAGCGUUGACGAUGCACCGGUGCACCGGCACAAGCGGCAACUGUCCGAUUGGCUGAUCGCACCCAACACACGGUGGUGCGGACGCGGAAACCUGGCCAAUGGAACCUACAACGAUCUGGGCGGCGCCUCCAAGGCCGACAAAUGUUGCCGGAAGCACGACCACUGCAAGAUGUGGAUCGAUGGGAUGUCGAACCGCUACGAUCUCUUCAACUACCGCCCGUACACCCUGUCCCACUGCAGCUGCGAUCUGAGAUUCCGCACCUGCCUUAAAAUGGCCGGCGACGAGGAUGCCAAUGCCAUCGGGAAGCUCUUCUUCAAUGUGGUGCAAACGCAGUGUUUCGGUCUGAAAAUGGAGACAGUGUGCGUCCAGCGGGGGGGUUCGGGAAAGGAUUCCGACCCCUGCCUCAAGGAGGAGGUCCGCCACAAGGCCUUCCUGCGCAACAACAAGCGCUUCUAAAGAGUCCUAGUUGGCCAACAAUGAUCGGCUGAAAUGCGAGUUACCCAAAGUCGCCUGUCCGUAAAACAAGCGACCAACCGCCCCAGAGUGCUGCAAUUGAGUUUGAAACUCAAUGGGAAUGCGUGGCAACACACAAUCAUCGUCAUCCGUACUUAGAGGAGGAGAGAUAGCCAGAGACACCCAACUAACUAUGUAUUAAGCAAUAUACCCACAUAUGUGUAUAACAUUUAAGUUAAAGUGCUAUCAUAAUGCGUAGUAGUCGAUACGAUACGAUAUACCAUAUACAUACUAUACUAUGUAGUUGUAGUCAAUCAAUCUAGUUUAUGCCGACGGAUCAAGCAUACAUAUACAUAUAGGCUGCCAGAAAACAAAGUUUUUAACUAGCUGUAGACCCCGUAGAUACCCUAUGAUACUGACAGUGUACGUAAUUAGCCGUAGACUUAGUAACUUAAUAAAAGGAAUUUCCAAAGAGUA